AUGGCUCAGGCAGACAAGACCACUGAUCGCAUCCCGGUCACCGUCCUUACUGGAUUUCUCGGGAGCGGCAAAACCACCUUUAUCAAUUACAUCCUCAAGGAAAAGCAUGGCCUACGCAUCGCCGUAGUGGAGAAUGAAUUUGGCGAAGUUGGCAUCGACGAUGGGCUGGUGCUGCAAACCGACGAAGAAGUCAUUGAAAUGAUGAACGGCUGCAUCUGCUGCACGGUACGAGACGACCUCAUUCAGGCCCUGACGCGGCUUGCCACGGAGCGCCGCCACAUGUUCGACUACGUUGUGAUUGAGACAACCGGCUUGGCAGAUCCAGCACCGGUUGCUCAAACCUUUUUCGUGGACGAAAAGAUUAGCCAACUCUAUGUGCUCGACUCGAUCGUGACCUUUGUGGAUUGCCAACACAUCUCGUCUCACCUCGAGGAGAUCAAGCCCGAAGGUGUCGAGAAUGAGGCCAUCGAGCAAGUGGCUUUUGCCGACGUUCUCGUCCUCAACAAGACUGAUCUUGUCUCAGCCGCAGAGAUCAAAGAAUUGCGCAAGCGCCUUGCUGGCAUCAAUGCCACGGCCCGCAUGCUGGAGUCUGAGCAAAGUCGCAUUCCCCUCGAUGCCGUGCUCAAUAUUCGCGCCUUUGAUCUGGAGAAAACACUGCAAAUGGACGCCGAAUUUCUCGACACGGACGCCGACCAUCUUCAUGACAAGAGCGUGUCCUCCGUGGGCAUUGUCAUUGAGGGAGAAUGCAUUCCCAACCGCCUCAAUGACUGGCUGUCCGAAAUUUUACGCACCAAGGGUGCCGACAUCUUUCGCUCCAAGGGAAUUCUCGCCAUGAUGGGCACGGAUGAAAAGUUUGUCUUCCAGGGCGUUCACAUGCUCCUCAACAUGGGCGGCUCUGGUCAACUGGGCCUCAACCUGACACCCUGGCAGCCCGGCGAGAAGCGUGUCAACAAGUUGUGCUUUAUUGGUCGCAAUCUUGAUCGUGCUGAGCUGACCGCUGGCUUUCAGGCCUGUGUGUUCAACGGUAAAUUUCCAGAGCCCGGUUCACCGCCCAAGCAAAAGUUGCGCUUCAAAGUUGGCGAUCCGGUCAUGGCCAAGGUCGGACCUUGGGCUGCUGGUGUCAUCACGGCCUUGUGGUACCGCGAGCCUCUCUGGGAGACUGGUCGCUUUGCGCCGUACCAGGUUCGCCUCCUCGAGGAUGACGGUUUGGUUUGGGUCCCGCGAGAUUCUGAUGUUCUGAUUCGUGCCCGGGACAAGUCUGCCACAGCCAAGUAG